CUUUUGCGGGACUGUCAGCUCGAGAUUCUUUCCUUGACCCCAGACGAGACCCUCGACACACCAGAAGUUGAUAUUCCGGCCGCUCCACAAGCCGGGACUGGAAUCAACGUGCCUGUCCGACGCUCGGGUCGUACUCACCACCCGUCGCGUUAUUACCAGAGCUCCAGCUCCAGCUCUUCCGGUUCAUAUGGCGGAAUUCGUCCGGUCUUCGCAUCCGCUAUCACUGCUGCUUCGGCUCAAGAGGGAGUGGUUUUCCAAAAGGUAAAAGACGAGCAAAUCGUCCACGAGGGCGUGAUGUCGCUGCUGAGGGCACUCACGAUAACUAUCGUCGAUGUUAGAUGCCGAUGGACGUCCCAUCCCAACCCGUUCUCCUCGGUUGAGCUGGGUCCCGAAGGGCGUAGCAAGAAGCUGACGGCAUUGACCGACGGAUACCUGGAAGGCAUAAGUGGGCCGAAGAGAAUCUAUGCUCUUGUUGAGGCGAAAGCAGCCAUUCGCCACAGAAUCGCACGCCCGGAGGUCCUUUGGCAGGAGGCGGCCGAGAUCAUCGCUUGGAUCAUGACGGACCCCUUGGGGAGCUACCCGGAGUGUCUUAAAGAUAUGAUCCCAGACGACAAAGAUGCGGGACGCGGCUCUUGCCGUAUGCUUAUCUCUCAGGACCACAAAGAGAUAUUCAUGACUAUCGCCUCAUAUUCCGCGACAUAUACGCAGUACUUGCAGGGAACAAAAGGGCAGCACGCAGACUUCCUGACCUUGUACGAAUAUGGACCGUGGCGGAUCCAGUCACGCACCCACAUGGAGCAUUUCGCACGCUUGGUUGUGGGGUUCUGCAUGGCGAUCUCGGAUGACGAUAAGAAUAACCUCGACAUCCAGAUGCAUGACGCCUGA